AUGGAUACCUUGGUUGGGCUCUCUCCCAUGACCUCUACUUCCAAGAAGUCUACUUCGAAAGCGUCUGCAACCAUCGACCCCGCUUCCGGCGAGAUGUUCUUUUGGUCCCUUGAAGCCAAUUAUGGUGGAUCGGAUUGCCAUUCAAUCAACUUUCAACUAUACCGACAAGCCAAUGGAAAAUGGAAAGCGUACGCGAAUGAAUACGAAGCAGCGCUUUCAUUAUGGCUUUCCUCCGUCAAGGACGAGAAGAAAGUCAAGGAUGAGAGGGAAAUCAAUGACGAGAAGAAAACAGCAGCCGGACUUCCGAGAUACAACGGAGUCACUGAGAAUCCCAUCAACAAGAGAGACGAUGUGCGAUUACGUAUGGAGGAGUCGAAAGGGAAGCAAAGCUUGCGGCUUUUAGGAUUCCACACCCCAGCUCUUCAUCAAGAUCUGCAAUGGUGGCUGCCGAAAGACUUAUUUCGAAUCUUUGAACUUCGGCAGCUUCAAGAGCGUCCAGAUGGAGUCAGCGAUGCAGAAAGCGUACUAGAAAUGGAAACCCACAGAACCAUUGGCUAUGGUCGGCAAAAGUGGAUUCAGACUUACAAGCCAGGCACGAGUGGCGAGGCCGAGAGUCCUCAAAAUUCGAGCCUAUUCAGUCGCAAAAGCCUGCUCGACGAAACUGAAGAUCACGGCGGAUAUGUCUGUGAAAGCGGAACCAUUCUUGCAGCAGAGUCGUACGCUUCCUUGCCAUUGCUGUUUGCCCAGCACAUUUUCUCGGCAUUCAUGCAUGCCGUUGCAAGCUGGGACGGACCAAAAGAACUUUUCCAGAGCGUUGCCGAUGUACAGCCCAACACCACUGGCACUAGUAUUAAUUGGAGAUCCUUCACACUCCAGAACGCAGCUUUGUCUACAAUGAUUCGGGAAAUCGAGAGCACUGGCCUCGGAACCCUGGAGGACAUCUAUCUGAGCGUUGUACCGCCGCUUAGCCAAAAUCAGAAGCUCCCCCGAGCUGAUGAUGCAAUCAUCAGAUUAGCAAGAGAGCAAGCUAGACAACAUGAGCUACUGCAGCAUUGGGACGAAGCUACACAGAUAUAUCUAUGGCUUUUCCAAACAGCAAAUACAUUCGGUAGACAAGGGAUAGUCACCAAGGCCACAGCUGUGGUAGUUGAAUAUCUAAGACAAGUCUCCUCAACCAUCGAUUUAAGGAAAGGAAAAGAUUGGUCGCUUGAACACCGGAGUCUCGAGCAAGCAAAGAGGGAAGUUGCGGAAGAACUGAACAAGUAUGCCGAUCAUGAUAUCAUGUUCAGUCUCAUGGAGUUAUACGAAGAACGGGGCUAUCUUGAGAGACGCCCUGAGGCCUGCGAACAGGAGACUGAAGAUCGCUCUUGCAGAGAUGUGGCACUUAGCGACGCCCGUUCAGAAGGAAACAGCAGGCAUCCAACGGCAUUCAGCUUCAUAAACCUGCAGAAAACAUCCGAACUUCAACGCAAAUCCGCCGAUGAAGUCGAGAUUUCGAACAGAGACAGACUGGACGCGAAAUACAUCCAUCAUUGGUCGCCUUUCCAUGAACUUGCCAGGACUGGCCUUCGAUGGGGAAUCAAGUGGAGAGUUGUGCAGGAGGCACAGGAGUUUGGUGGUGUCAACUCCCGCGACCUACUCGAUUGGACACCUUUACACCACGCUUGUAGUUUUCUCGGUGCUAUGGAACCCCCAGACAACGAGAGAGAGAAAACCAUUCGCCUAUUCAUCCAGGAAGGUGCGGAUAUCAAUGCGCAGGGCAGAGAUGGCAUGACACCACUACACUGCGCAUCCGUGGAGGGAAACAGUAGAGCCGUGACUGUCUUAAUCGAGGCAGGAGCCAAUGUAGACAUCCCAGAUGCCUCAGGAACCACACCAUUACUAUGGGCCGCAUAUAAGGGAUGGUUGGAUAUCGCUAAAAACCUCUGGGAGGUGGCGAACAAAAGACAACGAGACAACAAUGGCAGAACAGCUUUACACCUUGCAGCCUUGUCCGGGCAAACGCCCAUGGUUAGGUGGCUUGUCGUGGAUCAGGGUGCUGAGAAGGAAGCUCGAGACCUCGACAUGCGCAGGCCCCUUCACUGGGCGGCUAGAAAUGGACAUGAGGAGGUUGCGGCCCUCCUUAUUGAGCAGAAAGCCGAUAAGGAAGCUAAAGACUCAUAUGGAUCGAGACCGCUGCAUUGUGCAGCUGCGAGAGGACACGAGCAGUUGAUAGCGCUGCUCAUUGACGAGGGCGCAAAAGUUGACGCCAGGGGCGAGAGGGGUCUAACACCACUGCAUUGUGCAGCUGAAGAAGGAUAUGUGAAAGCUGCAGAAAUGCUCCUUAAGAAAGGGGCAAACAUAGAAGCUAAAUUGGGGCUCACCUCGACAGCACUAGACCUAGCAGCUAUGAAGGGCCAAGCGGCGGUCGUGGCGCUCCUCAUCCAUCAAGGUGCAGAAAAGGAUUUAAGAGAUGACCGUGGUGAAACUCUACUGCACAGAGCAGCUGCUUUUGGCAAUCCAGAGACUAUGGCAUGUCUAAUCCAGGAGGGCGCAGACAUAGAGGCCAAAUCCAAAAAGGAUGAAACGCCACUACAUAAAGCUAUUGAGUGGGGGAAGGAUGGAAUUGUCCACCUGCUUCUUAGGCUAGGGUCUAAUAUUGAGGCUCGAGGCACGCCGCCAUUGGGUAAAGGAUAUCAACUUACACCACUACACUACGCUGCUUUGUUUGGGCGUGGACGCAUUGCAAGAAUGCUCAAAGAUGCGGGAGCCAACACUGACGUGUCAGAGAGCACUCAGCCAAGUCGACUAAGUAUUGCGAUCAGACACAGGCACACAGACAUUGCAAAGCAAUUCAUCGAAGAUGGGUCUUGUGUGGAGGAAAAGACACUAGAUGGUAGCACACUUUCACAUUUGGCUGUCAUGAAUGGGGACAUAAGAUCUCUAAGAUUGCUUCUCGAGAAUGGAGCAGACAAGCAGGUCAAGGAUAACGAGGGAAAAACGGUGCUCCAGAAGGCCUUUGACAUGCGACAGAAAAUAGUUGAAGGUGAAGAGCUCGAGUCGUGUCUGUGGUUCGAUUAUAUGAAGAAGCCCUACACGCUUACUGUCGAACGUUUUGACACAAUUAUAUCAAUUCUUAAAGAGGGAUAG